AUGGGAUUCGGAAGUAAUAAGAAUCAACAACGUAAGGGAAGAUGGGCUAAAUGGGAGGAUGAUUUAUUGAAAUCCCUCGUUACUGAACUUAGCGUUGACAGUGAUGAUAUCGAUUGGUCUAUUUUGGAAAAACAUUUUGAUGGUAUGAGAGACUCCAAACAGAUUCGAGAAAGAUGGGUUAACCACUUAACUCCUUCAAUUAAAAAAAGGAAAUUUAAUGAAAAAGAGAUACAAAUUAUUGAAGACGAAUGUGCUAAACAUAAAUUCAAAUGGUCUAAAAUCUCUAAAAAAAUACCUUACGCAACUCCCCUUAUGAUCAAAAACUUUUACAAUAAUAGAUUGAAGAAGAAGAAUCCUCCUACUGUUAGAAAAUCAUAUCUCGCGAAAACUACAACACAUGAUGAAAAGUUACACACUCUUGCCUCAAUGGCUGAUUACGUUAGUCAUAAUGAAUCAACAGACUCUCUAGCUAAACCAAAAAAACCAAAAAAAAUGUCUAUAUCAAGUAUUCUUAACAUUUAA